AAUAAAUUCAGCGUGGUAUGUUUUGCGCCAUCUUGCCCUCGUGUUGGUCAUAGUUUUAAGGAAAUAGAUAUGAAUGCUGAGAAGCUAAGCAAGUUGCAGGCUCAAGUCCGUAUAGGUGGAAAGGGCACAGCUCGUCGUAAGAAAAAGGUUGUUCACAGAACAUCAACAACAGAUGACAAGAAGCUCCAGAGUUCCUUGAAAAAAUUGUCUGUAAAUAAUAUCCCUGGGAUUGAAGAGGUGAACAUGAUUAAAGAUGAUGGAACUGUGCUUCACUUCAAUAACCCAAAAGUUCAAGCCUCCUUGACAGCCAACACUUUUGCCAUCACUGGACAUGCAGAGACAAAACAAAUCACAGACAUGCUUCCAGGCAUAUUAAAUCAACUGGGUGCAGAAAGUCUGACACACUUGAAGAGGCUAGCUGAUAUCCAGACUUCAGCUGGUGCCAGUGGAGAUCAGGCUGAAAAUACAGGAAUUGAUGAAGAUGAUGAUGAAGUUCCUGAUCUGGUAGAAAAUUUUGAUGAACCUUCAAAGGCUGAAGGGGUCUAGAGCUUGGAUACCUGUGGCUGAGGGUUUGAGUGGCAAAACUGUGUGCUUUGUAAUUCUAAGUUUUUGUGUCUUUCAUUCAAAGUUUAAAAAAGACUUUGUAAAGUAACUGUGUUUGUGUGUUGCAUUAACAGUUCAAGACUUUGUUUUUUUUUAUACUGCUAAACUCUCAAAUACAGCUUUCAGCAGAAAUAAUUCUAAAAGUCUGGAAAUUUAAAAGUAUCUGAGCAUAAUUUGUUUUUUCUGGUGAAAAUUGCUGUAUAGAUAGUUUUGUUGCAAUGUUUCAGUUGAAUUAGGGUUGACUGUAAUAAUUGUUAACAGAGAUUAAGUCUCUUCAAAAUAUUAAUUUCACAUUAAUUUUAUUUAUGUUGAAUACUUUUAGAAAGUAUAAUCUUAUGAAUGGAAAAAUAUAAUGUUAAACAGAUUUCAACCAGAAAACAUCAAAAUAUACCUCAUUCAUCAAUAAAGUUUAUCAAAGUUAUUUGAACCUAGUUUCUAGAUAAUCCAACCAGCAUUUAGAUCCAAGUUUUGCAUUUCAUUUACUCUCUUCCUGUUAACUGAUGGGAUGUCUUAAAGAGUGAUUCUAUUAAACUUCUCACAUCUCAAUUUCUUCAGUUUCAUAUUUAAACUGCAUCUGUUUACGGUUCUUAUGCUUAUUUGAAUGAUAAUAUAUGUUUGUUCCAUUAUGUGAAACAUAAGACUUUCAAGGAUUGGUUAAUGGUAAUCGAAGUCUAACAUCAGUGUGUUCUACCUAUAAAUUUUGUUUAUAGUUUUAAAUUGACCUGCUUUGGAUGUCUACUUCUCAUUUAUCAUUCUGCUUUAACUCUUACACAAUAAAGCAUGUCUCACAAGUUUGAAAACUUAAAAUCAUUAAGACCUUAUAACGUAGAUAACUGUGAAUACUUAUUUAAACAGUAUUUGUAUAAUAAAAUAUAAAGAAAAGAUUUUUUUAAAUACUGCAAAAUAUAAAUUCUACAUCAGAAAAAUAUCAUUUUCAUAGCUGUAUGUCUUUUUAAGAUGCUUUAAAAUUGAAAUAGUUUAUAUAUAUAAAAUAAAAAUUUAUCAAUUAA